UCUCCCUCUCGCGCGCGCGCGCGCCCGCACGCCCGCACGCUCUCUCUUUCUCUCCGUGUCUCUGUGCAUAAGCACGCAGCCGCACGCGUGCAUCUGCCUUCUCGGCUUGUCGCUCGGGCCAGGCCUGCCUCCCCCCUGUCGACAUCGCGUGCCGCGUUCCAGCGCAUUUGCCUCUCGCCAGCCAAGGUCCUCGGUCUUCCUGCUCCCUUCGCCUUCCCCCCCAACCGCCUGCCGCGUGUCGUGUUGGUGACAAACGCACUCCCGGCAUGAGCGUGGCCCUCCAGCGCCCACCGGUCGCGGAGGCGGAUAUCCUCUUGCGCUCACCCCUGCACCACGGCCCCAUGUGGCCUCUGCUCCGACAGCACCUCUCCAUUCGGACCAAGAUGUCUGGUUCAAACGCCGCGCCAGACCCGCCGGGGCCAGUAACACUGGCGACCAUGCCCCCUGGCACCGGGCCGAUGGCUCUGACUCGGGCCGGUCAGCCCCCCGAGGAGGGCGGCUCCGCAUUCGACUCCGGAUCCGGCAACAGGUCCGGAUCCGAAUCUGAGUCUGGGUUCGAGAGCGCCAACAACGGAUCCGGCUAUGAAUCCGGCUCGGGCUCGGGCUCGGGCUCGGGCUCGGGCUCGGGCUCGGGUUCGGGCUCGGGCUCGGGCUCGGGCUCGGGCUCGGGCUCGGGCUCGGGUUCGGGUUCGGACUCGGGCUCGGGCUCGGGCUCCGGGUCGGAUUCCGGCUCGGGCUCUGGCUCGGGAUCUGGGUCGGAAUCCGGAUCCGGCAGUGGAUCGGGCUCGGACUCCGGCAGUGGAUCGGGCUCGGAUUCCGGCAGCGGGUCCGGGUCCGGGUCCGGGUCCGAGUCCGGCAGCGGGUCCGGCAGCGGGUCCGGCUCUGGCAGCGGCUCUGGGUCUGGCAGUGGCUAUGACUCGCACUCCAGUGGCUAUGAUGGGUAUGACAGCCACUCGGGCUAUGAUGAUGAGGAGGACUCGGGCUCCGGGUCGGACUCCGAGGCGGAGUCCGACACGGAUGGCUCCGCCCCGGCGCCCGAUUCGCAGCAAGUCCAAGAAGUCCAAACGGACGAGGAGGACGAGGGCGACAUCGAGGUGGACCUGGAGGACGAUGAGGAUGAUGAGCUGGAUGAGGAUGACGAGGAUGAUGAUGGCGCUGGCGUCCGACGCCCGGUCCCGGCGCUCAUGCCCCCCUCACAGCAGCAUGUCCUGUCCCAGCGGAUCACUCUGAUUGAGCGGCAGUUGGCCGCCGAAUUGCCGAUGUCCUCGGAUUUCCACUCCAUCCCGACCGAUGACACGCUUCUGGCGUCGGUCGACCUCCCCGGGCCGGGUGCCACGGGGUCCGGCCACAUGCGCGUGGCCUUGCCUUUUGGGGGUCUACGCGUGACGCGUCCUCCGCAGCGGGUCAUCCGCUCUGCGUGGGAGUCCCUGCCAGGGAUGCAUGCGGCUCCGGUGCUGGGGUACAUGUCCCUCUCGUCGGAGCAGCCGGCAGCCAAGCAGCCCGGUUUCGGGGAGCCCCCCCUGCCCGGGCCGGGGACCGUGGUGGUGUCCUCCUCGCUCCCAGUCUCGAGCUUGGCCAAGCCACCAUCACCCGGUGCGGCCGGGCAGCCGGAGGAGUUGGGCCUGCCGACGGGGUCCGAGCCUGCCGCCGACCCGGUGGCCCUGCUGCCAUCGGUGGCGACCGCAGGGUCAGCCGCGCCGGGUGAUGUGCCAGCUGCUUCCGAUGUCAUGAAUGUAUCCGCCUCGGGUGCAGUAGCAGCAGCGGCAUCUGCCGCGACUGCCCCCUCACCUCCCUCGGCGCCGGUCGCCGGCACUGCUGCCGCAGUUGCGAAUGAUCCUGCCACCGCUGCUGCUGCUGCUGCUGCUGCUGCUGCUGCUGCUGCUGCUUCCACUGCUGCUCCCACUGUUGCUGCUCCUGGCGCUCCGGCUGUGGCCGCCACCGCCGGUGUGGUCCCCUUGGCGCCCACGGUCAAAGGCCAAGUCACCCUGUCCAGCAUGUUCCGCAUGGCUGAUGCCACGGCAGCGGCCAGCAGUCAGCCGCAGGCUGCCGGGCCCUCCCCGGCGGCUGCCACCUCGUCGAAGGCCGGUGCCGAAGAGGAGGAGGCCGGCGAGGACCUGUCUGUGGUAGAUGAUCCGAAUGAGGCGCAGCUGACCUCCUUCUCGGCGGCUCACCGCCCGGCGACCCUGGCGUCUACCGUGCCGCGAAUCUUCCGCCUCGACAACUUCAACUGGAGCAACUUCGUGGAGAUCACUCCCUUCCCGAGCAAACGCCUCCGGCGCUACCACCGCGAGAUUCAGCACCUGCUGGUUGCGACGAAUGACACUACGGCCGCCACGUCCAGUAGCCGGCCCCGGCGCCGGGCUGGUGCUGAUGCCGAGCCCAAGCGCCGGCGCUCUUCCAAGGCCGCCGGCGAUGAUGAUGAGUAUGACACGGCCGACCCGUUCAUUGACGAUGGCGAGGAGGAGCUGGUGGUCAGCUUCGCUCCGCUGCCGGGCCAAAAGCAUACAUGCCUGCUCGUGCUGUCCGGUACCGGAACCGGCGAGACCGAAGUCAACGAGCCUCCGACCAAGCGCCGGCGCACGGCUUCCAAGUCUUCUUCCAAGAAGAAGUCCUCCUCGCGCUCGGAAAAGUCCACCGGCCGAAAGAAAUCCACCGCCCCGCCACCGGGGUUCGUCACCAUGGUCACGCUCACCGGGAACGACCCCCCGCGGCCGCUGCCCAAGAGCCGCAUGCCCUUCCGGGAUCUGUUCCUCUCCAAUGCCCAGGCUUCCAAAAAGACCCUGCAGUUCAGCAGCAUCAAGAGGCGCUUCCUGGCGCUGCGGGGCAAAAAGGACACCGCGUCCAUCAUCUCCACCGCCGCGGAGCUGGUUUACCUCUAUUUGGUCAAUGCGUCGCAGUUGCAUCUUGAGUUCUGGUUCCAACUUCUGGCCUACUUCCGCGGCAGCAAUAUGCGCGAUCUAAUGAUCAACAUCUUCAAAACCCUGCGGGCCGACAUGCUGUCCGGUCGGCGGGCCAGCGAGGCCGAAUACCUGCGCAACAUCGAGCAGCACCUGGACUCGAAACCUGGUGGCUCGCUGACAACCGCUGGAAAGGAUGCCCCCCCGGCCGCUCUCAAAAGCAUCCCCUUCGACAUUCCCGGGUCCAGUGCCACGCUCUUGCGUGACUGUCUCCGAUUCAUUCGCUGCGAGACCUACUCCGAGGCCAUCCUCGCCAGCUUCCCCUCCACGGGUGACCAAAUCCCGGAGGGGUUUGAUCAGCGGGAAUUCGAUAGCAGGCUGAACCAGGACGCCAAACGGCGAACGGCCAUCUUCUUUGACAAGGUCAUCCUGGACUCCACCAGCGUGGCGGCCCUUCGCGGCUUCAGCAUCGAAGACCUGGCGGCGCACAUCACCAGGACGCAGCACCACUCGCGACACAACCGCAUCGGUCUCUUCAUGCCGGUUUCCUCGAUGUCCACCACCCUGAAGACCAUGCCGGGGAUCAAGGUCACCGAUGGGACAACUCCCGCCGGGACAGACGCCCCCCCGGCCUCCGAGGGCGUCCCCCUGGCGGCCAUUCUCCAGCCGCCACCGGCCACUGGCGCCGUGCCGAAGGCCGCCGCCGUGCGGAAGAUCCCUCGGAAGAAGGCGGCCCCCUCGACGGUCACCCCGUCGGGGUCGCCAGCCAAGUCCUCCGCUGGUGCUCUGAGCGCCACCUCGUCGAAGGCAUCGUCCGUGCAGACGAAGCUGAACUUCGGGGCCACUCGCGCUAGUCCGGUCAGCAAGCCGGCCAGUUCCUCGGCCGGGACCAAGCGCUCGGCCUCGGCCGCCGAUUCCCUGCCAGCGGCGAAAAGGCGCAAGACCCCGGCAGUCACGGCCGUCACUGCCAGUACUACUGGCACUGGCGCCCCGGCGGCGGCCACGGCGACUGCCAUCCCCGCCACCGCCGCCGCGACAUCUGCCUUGCCCAAUCUCAAUCCCUCUGGCGUGCCUGCUUCCGCUGCUUCCUCCUCGCCGGCCAUUGCCACUGCUGCUGCUGCUGCUGCUGCUGCGAUUCCCGCUGCUGCCGGCACAGCCACCCUGCCCGCGGCCGGCUCCUCUGCCCCGCCGAGGAAGGCGCUCAAUGUGCUGGCCAAGGCCACCAAGGCUACCAAGGCCACCAAGGCCACCAAAGUGCUCAAGACCACCAAGGCCGCUGUCGGGCUCACUGCUACAGCCACUGCCAAGCCCAAGCUGAGCAAGGUCACGGCUGGGGCGACCGGCGUCGCGGCCGCCAAGCUGGCCAAGUCCACGGCCAUGGCCAAGAAGAGCGCCGUCAAGACCGCGAAGACGACCCCCACCACGCCGAUCGCCAGUAGUACGGCCGCUGCCGGGGGGGCGCCCCCUCCGGCCGGCGGCGCGCUCAUCGUCACGGUGAAUGUGCCUGCCGCGGCUGCCACUCCUGUCGCCACGAUCACCGGGGCCCCUGCCAUCACGCCAGCAAGUCCCCUGGUGCCGGUGGCAGUGGCGAAGAAGACCACCACAGCCAAGCCGCCCACAGCCAAGUCACUUGGAACCAAGUCGAUCACGGCCAAGCCUGCCACGGCGAAAGCCGCCACAGCCAAGGCCACCACAGCCAAGGCCACCACGGUGAAAACCACCGCGGCUAAAACCACCGCGGCGAAGGCCCUCGGGGUUAAGACCCUCGCAGCCAAGGCCGCGCCGGUCAAGGCCACUGCGGCUGCCAAGGCGGCCACUGCGGCUGCCAAGACCACUGCAAGCAAGCCCACCGCUACCAAGGCCGCCACGCAAUCCAAGCUUACGGCCUCCAAGCUCGCCUCCACCGCCGCCUCCACCGCCGCCCCCCCCGCCGCCCCCACCGCCGCCCCCACCGCCGCCCCCACCGCCGCCCCCACCGCCAAGACCAGGGUCAGCGCAGCCAUUGCGGCGGCGGCCAAAACUGCCGCCGCCGCCGCCGCGACCGUCGCCAAGUUGGUUGCCAACAGGCAGCCCGCUCCUCCGGCGGUGGCUGGACCCGUGUCGGCGGUGUCCGAGCGUAAGCUGGCCCCCAAGGGGGAAGCCACCGCGGCCGAGCCGAAGAAGGCCGCCCCGGUCGCGGCCGGCACCACGGUCGGUGCCCCUGCUGCCGGCGCUGGCGCUGGCGACGCCAAGCCCAACCCAUCCAAGCCGGAGGCAGCCACGCUGAUGUCUUGA